CUGAAAAUGUAGUCUUACUCUUGUAACAGGAUAUAAUGAAUGAGAUUGGCUUAAAUAGGACGGAUACAAGAACAUCUAACUCUGGGUUAUCUAAUACCAGAGCGGAUACAGGAUUAUCUGCUGGGAUGAGAAUUGAGCAGGAUUUAGAUUCGAAACUUUAUUCUGACUUGAGCAGCAAGAAAUCUGUAUCUCUGGAUCUAACACGAGAAAGAUACGAAGAGAGUGAGAUCAGUUUAUAUGAAGAGGAUGAUAUUGAACCUCGUCUUAAUCAACCAAGGCCUGUUGAUGAAGUUAAUGGAUUCGAUUUCAGGGAUGGGAGUGAAAGCUCAGGAGUUGCAGGAAUUCAAAACAAAUAUUAA